GCACAGCAACCGAUAUAGGUAGAUAAGUAUACUAAAGUCAAAGUGGUGCUUUGUAAGCGAUGAUGGGGAAACUGAAGGUGUAUGCUGAUCGAAUGUCCCAGCCUUCUCGUGCAGUUCUCAUAUUCUGCAGGUUUAACGGAAUUGACUUUGAGGAGAUCAAAGUAGACAUUUCCAAACGCCACCACCUCUCUCCUGAAUUCAGAGAAGUAAACCCUUUGCAGAAAGUUCCGGCAAUUGUUCAUGGAAGCUUCAAUCUCUCCGAGAGCCAUGCAAUCCUUGUCUAUUUAGCUUCUGCUUUUCCUGGAAUUGCUGACCAUUGGUAUCCAAGUGAUAUUUUCAGGAGAGCCAAAAUUAACUUAGUACUGGAUUGGCAUCACUCUAAUUUACGACAUGGAGCAGUGAACUAUGUUCUAGAUACUGUACUAGGACCUGCAACUGGCCGUCCACUUAAUCCAAAAGCAGCUUCUGAAGCAGAGAAAGUUCUAUUGUCUUCUUUAACAAAACUAGAGUAUAUAUGGCUCAAUGGAGAGGGAUGCUUCCUGCUUGGUGGCUCUCAGCCAUCUAUAGCAGAUCUCAGCAUGGUUUGUGAACUCAUGCAACUUGAGGUUUUGGACGAGAAGGAUCGAAGUAGGAUAUUAUCUCCAUACAAGAAAGUUCUUCAGUGGAUUGAGGAUACAAGAACUGCAACAAACCCAUACUUUGAAGAAGUGCAUAAUAUCCUUUAUAGAGCUAAAAAGAAAUUUGAACAGCAGCGUUCAAGGGCAGCUGAAACUGAGAAUGAGCCUAGCAACAAGAUGGAUGGCCAUUCAAAGAUGUGAAAGCCAUGACUUCAACUUUGUGGCAAGACUGACAACUUAAUCAACAGCUUUGAGCCUUGGGUUUCUGGCUGGUCUUUGUUGGCUUGAAUUGCUCUGUACAUCUUCCUAUAAAGACAUGAAUUCUAGAUCAUCAUUUUCAAGUGUUGAGUAAUUCGCACACCCAUAAGUAGAUUUUGCCAGUGAAGUAUUGUGGUUGUAACAUGGCAACUGCGUAUUCUCUUUCUAUCUCCACUCUUAACCAUAUGAGCCAAUAAUUGCGUGUGUUCAUUUUGUAAAUAGUGUUGGUUCUUUGUACUUGGUGGUCUAUAAUUCUCAUUUAAAAUAAAGAAAUAAAACUACUUAAUUUUCUUGUGUCGAA